UACAUAUCCUUUCAGGCACGUAUUCUCUGUGAAUCACUCGUGAGUAAAUAUACAGUUGAGACACGAGCUUGACGUGCCCGCGCUUGUCAAGUUGGAAGUUUUUAAAUGCGCGCGCAGGGAUCAGCUGGCACAGCCGUCAGGUGUCUGUCUCGCGCUGAGGACCGUCAAUAUCUUUAAUAUCGACCUGACCCUAUAAAAGAGACAACGUGCCGUUUUGUUUCUUGGAUGUGGAAAAUGAAGAGCAGUUGGUUCUUUCUGUGCGCAGCUUGCAUCUGGUAUCCAAUUCACGGGACUGUUCAAUCCUCCACUACUUGUUCGUGUCAUGGUAAUGCUCAGUACUGCAGACAAGAUCAUCUAGGAGAACUGUACUGUAUAAACUGCCAGAGAAACACAGAAGGGCGGCACUGUGAAAACUGUAAAGAAGGAUACCACCACCAGAGGGCAGGAGACAACUGUGUGCCUUGCAACUGCAACACUGCAGGUUCUCUAGGACCGUUCUGCAACAAUGAGGGACGGUGUGCGUGUAAACAGGGAUUUUAUGGAGGCAAGUGUGAUCGCUGUGAUGAUGGCUCUCAAGUGACUCCCAAUGGAUGUAAGCCUUUGAGGCUAAGCUGUCGGUCACGUAACAAUGGCCGUCUUACAUAUAAUCCAGAGGAGUGCCUGCCCUGCUUUUGCAAUGGCCAUUCAAGUGUGUGCUCUUCAGCUGACGGAUAUUCCGUUCACAACAUCACUUCAACUUUUGAAAAUGGACCUGAGGGUUGGCGGGCUGCCACUGGUCAAGGUGUGAGCUCCUCACAAGUGCAAUUCAGGUGGUCUCCCACUCACAAAGACCUUGAGGUGAUCUCUAAAGAGAUCCUUCCUGUUUAUCUGUUUGCUCCUGCAUCUUACCUGGGGAAUAAGGCAUUGAGCUACAGUCAGACGCUCACCUUCUCUCUGCGUCUGGACAGAGGCGUCCGUCGUCCUUCCAUCUCUGAUGUCAUGCUAGAAGGAGCAGGUCUUAAGGUGUCUGCUUCACUUGGAGACUUGAGAACUGUGGUGCCCUGUGGAAAGAAAAUCGCCUACACGUUCAAACUGGACGAACAACCUGGAAGCAAAUGGAAACCGCAACUCUCAUCCACAGAAUUUCAAACACUUCUGAGCAAUCUUACAGCCAUUAAAAUCAGAGGAACAUUUGGUGAAAAUGGACGUGGUUAUCUGGAUGAUGUCUCUCUGGUGUCAGCUAAACUGGGACCCGGCACCCCUGCAGACUGGGUUGAAAAGUGCAGAUGCCCUGUUGGUUAUGAUGGACUGUUUUGUGAGCGCUGUGCCACUGGAUACAGGAGGCGUUUCCCUGGUCAAGGCCCCCGAAGCCCCUGUGAUCCCUGCUCCUGUCAGGGUGGAGCAUGUGAUCCAGAAACAGGAGGCUGUUACUCGGCUGAUGAGAUACCGAAUCUGCAGAUGUGCCCUAAAGGUUAUUAUGUCAACCGUCAACAGUCCAACUCCUGCCAGAAAUGUCCUUGUCCCGAGGGCGAGGCUUGCUAUGUUAUUCCAGUAACCCAGGAUGUGAUGUGUGCCCGCUGUCCCCGGGGGACUACAGGAUCUCGUUGCGAAAUAUGUGAUGACGGUUUUUAUGGAGACCCCCUGGGAGAGUAUGGCCCUCCCAAACAGUGCCAGCCCUGCCAGUGUAAUGGCCAUGUGGACCAGAACGCCAUCGGCAACUGUGACCGCCGAACAGGGGAGUGUCGGAAGUGCCUGAACCACAGCAACGGCCCCAAGUGUGAGAACUGUGAAGAUGGAUACCACCACAUUUACCCCACAGACCCAUGUCAGGCCUGCAACUGCAAUCGCCUGGGGUCUGUGUCGAACUCAUGUAGCGAUAAAGGCCAGUGCGAGUGCAAGGAAGGUUACGAUGGACUCAAGUGUGAGAAAUCAACAUGUCCAUCCUGCUUUAACCCAGUCAAGAGCAAGAUAGAGGUUUAUGCACGUCAGCUGCAGGAAAUGGAGGAUUUAUUUAAAGGAAUUGGAGGUGAUGAUGCUCCAGUCAACGAUGCUCUGAUGGAACAGGCUAUUAGGGCUGCGGAAGUCAUGGUGCAAACCCUGAAAUUAAGAGCAAAUGAACUCACAAGUACAGAGAAACAGCUUCAGGAUAAACUGGCGAGCAUUAGCCGAUCCCAGCUGAGAGAGGACAGAAACAUGGAGGCUUUGUUGACAACAUUGGAUGGGGUCAGAAACAAGGAUCAACGGUACAGAAUGGAAGUUUCCGAAAUCAGUGACCUCAUCAGUGUCAUCAGGCUAAAACUGCAACAGGCCAAACGGGACAUCCAGCAGGCUGAGUUUCCCUCAGGUGAUGGGGUGCCAGGUGCUGACUCCUUGUUUGAUUUGGUUCAGAGAGCUGCUGAUCUUGCUGAGCAACAUCAAGGUGAGGCAGUGACGGUGGAGACCAUUGCAGCAAAUUCUCUAACCCAAUCUGAGAAAGCACUAGAUCUCAUCCGAGGUGUCAUCAACCGAGAAAAUAAGGUCAAAGACCAGGUCAAGGACCUCAAGAGACUGUAUGAAGCAGAUGUUAACAAAGUGCUUGACAUGGAGAAUAAGGCCACUAAACUAACUGAUACAGCCGGAAAGGAGAGCGAAGUAGCUCAGAACACUCUGAAACAGUUAUCUGACCUGGAGAAGAAACUUCCAAAGCCUCUGACGAAGGACAUUGCUGGCGUGGUUUCCAUGUUUGACAAUCUGAAGGGUAUGGUGGAGGGGAAUCUAUCACAAUACCAGGACUUUCAGCAGUAUAUGCUCAGUGAACAGAAAGAGACAGCUGAUCUGUUCAAUAAGGCCAAGACUUUCCAACAGGUUCAAGACAAACUUCUUGCCAGGGCAAACGCAGCUGAAGCAGUCAAAAAUAAAUCUCUGGAAAUCUUUGCCAACAACAAAGAUAGUCUGGAAAAGACACUAGCGACGCUCAAAGAUUUUGAUGACCAGAUUGGUGGUAAUAAGGAUCUUGCCGAUGCUGCCAUUGCAAAACUGCCUGCUAUCAAUUACACCAUCCAGAAGGCCAUAGCUGACAACACCAAGACUCAGGACAUUUUGGAUGCAAUGGCUCCUCACUACAGAGAUGCUCAGGAUACUAUUGACUCUCUUACAAGCACUGCAACCAAACUGGAGGGAAUGUCCGAUUCUCUUCCGCCUUCUUCCGAUAUUUUGGAAGCUGCAACCAAACUGAAAGAGGAUGUGGAUGGACUGAAUAUACAAGCAGCUUUAACUAGGGACAGAUUGAAUGAAGAGAAAAACAAGGCAAAAGAACAGAUUAAUCAAGCGAAGAAUGCUAUCAUGGAGUCUACUGGAGCUCUUGGAAAUGCAAAGAAUGCUAGGGAUGCUGUUAGUGAUACUUUGAAGACAAUCACUGAUAUUAUGGGCUCACUGGGAACUCCUGGGACAGUCGACGACAAGCGAGUGGCCGACCUAGAGACCGCCAUUGCUAAAAGCCGCAACCGUGUGGAGACGGAGCUGAGGCCCAGACUCAGGGAGCUGGAGGAGAAGGAAGCCCAGCAGAGAGCCAGCAUUUCAGGCAUGAUCAAUGACAUUGACACCAUCCUGGCUGACAUUGCCAACUUAGAGGAGAUCCGUAAAAGCAUUCCAAAUGGCUGUUACAACAUACCACCUAUUGAAAGGCCGUAAAGGCUUUGGGUUACUGCCGGGCCAAAUCCCAAUGUUAGCUAGUUUAAUAUAUGAACUUACUGAUGAUACUUUUCAACUAAAGAGUGUUUGUUGCAUAUAACAUGAUUUUUUUUUUUUUUUAGUAUUUAUACGUGUUUUUUAGACUUUUUUUAAGUAUUUAUUUUUUCAUUUUUUUUUUACUGUGAAGUUUGAAAUGAUGCCAAAGAUAUUUCCAUUUUGGGUAAUUAAUAGAUACAUAUAUACCAUAUCUGAAACUAAUUGUUCUUGAAAAGAAGUAACACCCAGUUGCUUCUCCAUCUGUUUCUGGAUAUAGUGAAAAAUACAUUCAAAUGUGAAAGAAAUGCACAACAUAACAAAUUUCAUUCGUUUGAUUUCUGUUUUGUUUUAUUAAAUUCAGUAUUCAUCAAGGACACGAGUUAUUGUCAUGGCAGCAUACUUUUUCAGUGGUUGAAUGCUUAUCGAAUAGCCACUAUAAAAUAAAAAAUAUAUUAAUAUAUGACAUUACGCUGACACACGUAUACAUGCUUUUCACCAUAGACCACUAAUUUAAAAAAAAAAAGAAUAAUAUUGAAGAUCUAAAAUUAAGUUCUGCAGUUUUAGCAUCUUAAAAACAGAACCCUGAAUCUCUAUAAUCAAUUCAAAAGCAUGAGGGCAAUUAAAAUACAAGAAGAAACAAACAAUAUCAUCAACAAUAUCUACUCUUGUUGAUCACGAGUUUUAAUGAAGACAUGAUGAAUGCAAGGAAGCAGUGAGGAUUGUAGAGGUACAGAAGAAUGCAGCAUGCCAAAAACAUGGAAAAAUAUAUUAUUUGUGAAUUAUUUCCUACAAUCUUCUACAUUGAGAAUACAUUCUUAUUGAGUCUUCUAUUGAUUCCUAAUACACCAGUUACUAUGGUGACUGCUCAGCAAAAAAUGGAAAUAAAAUCAUGAGAUUAUACUGAUACAAACAGUGAGGUAUCAAUGUGUGUUUAACAAUUGUUUUGUAUAUUAGAGAUAAGUGUAAUCGGUUCAAAAAAUUAAAUGGGGGGGUUAUAUUUCUCCUUCAAUGUCUGUGAUAGUGUACAUAUCUAACACAGCAUAUUAGAUACAGUAAACUUGGGUAUGAGUUGGUUACGCAAGGAAUAUUUGAUCAUUUUACGAUCUCAGUACUGUAAUACGUUUUCAUAUUUUUGAAGAUUAACAUUCUGGCUUCCAAUUACAUUAAUGAUAGUCUCGGUUAAAGUGAUCAAAAUUAAACAUCAUAUUUCACCUAUUUGUUUGAACCGAAAUCAUAUAUCGUAUAAAAAACAGUAAUCACAGUUAUAUAUUGAAGUCUUCAUAUCAUAAAGCCAGAGCCUUGUGUAAACUUGCAAAGCCUAUCAAAAUGAACUAUGCAAUAUACACAUAAUUCGCUGAAUCUGUUAUUCUUCUCAUCAAAUACACUUUGAUUCAUUUAUAAAGGUGUUAGAUGUGCAGUUGAUUGACAUUUCAUGUUAGCUCAAAUCAUUUAAAAGAUGUUUCCAACAAUCAAAUUGAGGAGUUUUUAAAAGCAUAGAAUUACUUUAUGCCUAUGUCUAACAGUAACAAAAAGCUCUCAAAUAGUGUCAGUGUGGUCUCUUCA